CAGCCCGCUGAACAUUGUUGUUGUGGUUGUUUUUCUCGCGCCAUUUCCCGGUGUCAAAACUGUGACUUAAGUUUCGUCGUCGAGUCCUCCUGUGUAAAGGCACCAUGUCUAUAAACAUAGACAAAGAUGCCUUCUUUAGGAGGAUGAACAAAGUCUACACUGCCUGGAAGAAUGCAGAAAAUGGGAAAGAUGAUGGGCUGAGCAAAGUAGAUGCACUUGUUUCAGUUGUUGGUGCUGACCAAGAAGUUAUUUAUUCAAAAUCAACUGCAACUCAAACAUGGCUAUUUGGUUAUGAACUGACAGACACUAUUAUGGUGUGCUGUGAGAAAGUAGUAUACUUCUUGGCAAGUAAGAAAAAGAUCCUAAUCUUGGAGGGAUUAGAAAAGAACAAGGAUGAGAAUAGCAGUGUCCCACCUGUUAAAUUACUCAUUCGAGACAAGAAUGAUAAAGAUAAAGCCAAUAUUUCCAAAUUGAUUGAUGCUAUCAAGGCCAGUAAAGGAGGAUCAAAGAUUGGAGUUUAUGCCAAAGACAAAUUCAACUCGGAACUUAUUGAUGCUUGGAGAAAAGCUGUCAAGGAGGCAACUUUUGAACAGAUUGAUGUCAGCUCAAACAUGGCAAUAGUUAUGUCAGCAAAGGAGGAAUCCGAAAUAAAUACUAUUAAGAAGGCUUGUAAUGCAACUGUUGAUGUAUUCUCCAAGUAUCUCAAAGAACAGAUCAUGGAUAUCAUUGACAGAGAUAGAAAGGUAAAACAUGCUAAACUUGCAGAGGGUGUAGAGCAAGCUAUGACUGAUAAGAAGUAUGUAGGGGGUUAUGAUCCUCAGCAGAUUGAGCCUUGCUACCCCCCUAUUAUUCAGUCAGGUGGAAAUUAUGCACUCAAGUUUAGCGUGUCUAGUGACAAGAAUGCUAUGCAUUUUGGUGCCAUCAUCUGCUGCAUGGGAGUACGUUACAAAAAUUACUGUAGUAACAUCUGCAGAACUUUUAUGGUCAACCCCCCUGAAAAAAUGCAGAAGGAUUAUGAAUUUUUAUUGGAAUUGUUUGAAAAGUUAAUCCAGAAAUUAAAGGCUGGAGUGAAGUUGUGUGAUGUGUAUGAAGAGAUCUAUAAUCAUGUUAAAGAGAAAAGAAGUGAUAUGGCUGAUAAAUUGACGAAAGCAGUUGGGUUUGGUAUGGGGAUUGAGUUCCGUGAAUCUGCUCUCCUCAUUGGACCCAAGACAACAGUUGUUGCAAAGAAAGGCCAAGUUUUUAAUGUUAACCUGGGUUUCUCUGACCUUUCAAAUUCUGAAGCCAAAGACAGUGAAGGGAAGAAAUAUGCCUUAUUUAUUGGGGACACCGUUGUGGUUAAUGAGGAUAGUCAAGCAACUGUGCUAACAGCUUCCAGUAAGAAGAAACUGAAGAACGUUGGUAUAUUCCUUAAGGAUGAUGAUGAUGAAGACGACGAUGAUGACGAUGACAUCAAAGAGGAUACAUCGGAGUUAUUAGGGAGAGGGAAAAGAACUGCUAUUCUUGACUCUAAACUUCGGUCAGAACAGUCAACUGAAGAGAAGAGACGUCAGCAUCAAAAGGAAUUGGCUAUAGCUACUAAUGAAGCAGCCAAGGAACGUUUAGCUGCCCUAAAAGGGAUAAAAUCAGAUCAGAAAGUUCGGAAGUCCAAUGUAUCAUAUCGGUCAUCAAGUUAUCUUCCUAAAGAACCUGAGAUUUCUGACUUGAAGAUUUUUGUAGAUCGUAAAUACGAGACUGUAAUUCUCCCCAUAUAUGGUAUGCCAGUUCCGUUUCAUAUCUCAAUGAUCAAGAAUAUCUCUCAGAGUGUAGAGGGAGACUACACUUACCUACGUAUCAACUUCUUCCAUCCUGGUUCAAAUAUUGGUAAAGGUGAUGGGUCAUUCUCAAAUCCAGAAGCUCUCUUUGUGAAAGAAGUGACCUACCGAAGUGUAAAUACUAAGGCUCCUGGAGAGUUGUCUGCUCCAUCUUCAAAUCUGAACACUGCUUUUCGCUUUAUCAAAGAGGUCCAGAAGAAGUUCAAGAUGAGAGAAGCAGAAGAAAAGGAAAAGGAGGACCUUGUUAAACAGGAUACACUCAUUGCAUCCAAUAACAAAUCAAAUCCAAAAUUGAAAGAUCUGUAUAUUCGUCCAAAUAUAGUACAGAAGAGGAUUAAUGGUACUCUGGAAGCACACACAAAUGGCUUUAGGUAUACAAGUGUACGAGGUGAUAAGGUCGAUAUAUUAUAUAACAACAUUAAGAAUGCUUUCUUUCAACCUUGUGAAGGGGAAAUGAUUAUUUUACUACAUUUUCAUCUUAAGCAUGCUAUCAUGUUUGGUAAAAAGAAGCAUCUUGAUGUCCAAUUCUACACUGAAGUUGGUGAAAUUACAACCGAUUUAGGAAAGAAUCAACAUAUGCAUGAUCGUGAUGACUUGUCAGCAGAACAGGCAGAGAGAGAAUUACGUCACAAGCUCACAUCAGCCUUCAAAAGUUUCACUGAAAAGGUGGAGACAAUGACCAAAAACACAGUUGAGUUUGACACACCAUUCAGAGAACUUGGUUUUCCUGGUGCUCCAUUCCGAUCCACUGUUUUACUACAGCCCACUUCAGGUUGUAUAGUUAAUUUAACAGAGUGGCCUCCAUUUGUUAUUGUAUUGGAUGAAGUGGAACUUGUUCACUUUGAAAGAGUCCAGUUCCAUCUGAAGAAUUUUGAUAUGGUGUUUGUCUUUAAGGAUUACUCAAGGAAGACUGCUAUGAUUAACGCUAUUCCUAUGAAUAUGCUGGACCAUGUGAAAGAAUGGUUAAACUCCUGUGAUAUCCGGUAUUCUGAGGGAGUACAAUCACUCAACUGGGCUAAAGUCAUGAAGACAAUCAUUGAUGAUCCUGAUGGCUUCUUUGAGCAGGGUGGAUGGUCCUUCUUAGAUCCUGACUCAGAUGUGGAGGAACACCAUGAAGAGGAGGAAGAUUCAGAGGAUGAUGGAGCAUAUGCCCCAAGUGAUGAGGACUUGGGCUCUGAAGAGGAAAGUGAAGACUAUUCAGAGGGUGACUCUGAAGUCUCAGAAUCCGAUUAUAGUGAAGAAGAUCUGGGUAGUAGUGAAGAAUCUGGUAAGGACUGGUCAGAUCUGGAACGUGAAGCUGCAGAGGCAGAUAAGGAACAUGUUGACUUUGAAGAUGAAUAUUCUAAGUCCAACAAGAAAAAAGGAGGCUUUGACAAAUACAGCAAGAGAUUCAAGAACAAACCUUCUGCAAAAUCCGUCAAGGACAAACAUAGCAAGUUCAAGAACAAACCCUCUGCAAAAUCCAUCAAGGACAAACAUAGCAAUUCCAAACACAAGUCCUCAUCAAAACAUGACAGCAGGCACAAGUCUCACAAGUCUUCACAUUCAUCUCCUCACAAAUCUUCAUCUAGUAAGUCCUCACACAAGUCUCCAAGCAAGGACAAAAGUAGAGAUAGGGACCGUCACCAUUCCAGUAGCAGCAGUAAACAUAAUGACAAGAAGAGAUCUCGUGAUAACUCAGGCGGCCGGGACAAGAAAAAGAGCAGGCGUUAGAUUGUUAGUUAGUCUACUAGUGACCUCAACAGAUUUGAAAGUUAUGGGCAUACAGGAAACGCAUUAAUUAAGGACUAAUUCACCAGUAUAACAAGUGGUUUUCAGUCUCCUUUUGUGCUCUUUAGUUCAAAGUUCAUUGUUUAUAUGCCUCUGUUACCUGUUUAAAUUACUUCAUACAGUUGGUGGUGCUCUUUCCACUUUCAAUUUGAUCAAAUAAUCUGAAGAGAUUCCUCAAAACUAAUUGUGUGUUAUCAUCAGGUAAGGUGUUACCAUUUGUAAUUUUGCCAUGAAGAGACUGAUGUUUUAUUAAAAAUAAUCUUUGUAUGUAUUUGUUUAUUGGAAAGAAUUCUGAUCUUGUCAUAUAGGUAUUUAGGUUUUAAAUUGCUGUGCCCUUCAUUAUUAUUGAUACAGUGGAUCUUUUAAGUUAAUAGUAUGUCAUUGUGAAGUACAAUUAAUCCAGCUGUUGUUCCCCCUCCCCUUUUUUAUUGGAGCAGUAAGAUAUGUAAAACUUUACGUUUAAAAUAUCAAUGCAUUCACAGUUCAAACUGAUUUUGUUUUCAUAUUAGUUCAUUUUUAUUAUUUUUAUACUAGAUAUUUUAAUGUUUGAGGUUUUAAAAAAUGAUGGGAAGCUUUUCCUCCUCUUGUUUCACCAGAAUAGUACAUAAUGACUUUGUCUGAUAUUGGGAAAUGAACUUUUGCUAAUCUAAUUGUAUAUUGGUCACGUUGUGACAAAUGAUUACAUACGAAACUGGCCUGCCUCUGUACAUUUCAUGAAAAUGUACUUGUUUAAAUCUAUCUACCUAACUGAAUUGAGCAAGAGUCCUUUUUCAUUAACAGCAGAGUAUAUCUCCUCAUGUUAGUUGUGAACAUACAAAAGCUGUAAGGAGUUUUAUAUAUCCAAGUGGAAGAUAUGAAAAUCCUGUUUUCCA